CACUUUUUCUCACUCUUGCUUCCCAUUACCUCCAUCCUGGCCACAUCUCCUGAAGCCAGAUCGAGGCGAUCAAGCUGCCUUCCAUGCUGCGAGUCCAGCCCUCUCGGCACAUGCGAUAUCAAUGCUCUCUCGAGCCCAACUGCCAGGCAACGAGCAGAUUCCACUUGCCCGCCAAGACGCCAACCAGAGCAGACGCUCUUCUUCGGCCCACCGAGCCACGGAUCUAUGUCCAAAGCGGAUCCCCAGCCGGUCUGCAGACCUGGCGACCCGACCGCCUCGGGAGUCGACAACUAUGCUCCCUCUCGCCAUGCCAGCCCUAGCAACCGGAAACCUGAUCAACGACAUGGCAUAACAGUUGAUCGACUCGUGGGGAGGCACGGCAGCAGCCGCGGCUCGCAGAGAAAACUGCCUCGAGGCCGGUUGCUCGGGCCGAUUCGGACACGAUUCGUCAAAUGCUCGAAUCCUGCAAGUCUGACGACCAGCACGACUGCGAUCCCGGCGCUACUUGGCGCUGAUGCUGAGGCCGUGGCGCGUAAGACUGUUGUCGGAGGACGGGUUUCGAGAUCGGCUGUGUCGCCGGCCAACGACGUCAGUCAGUCUCAUCCAUUGGCGGUGUUGUUUGGGCGACGGCGAGCUUUGCAAUUGUGGCAGUUUCUGGUCGACCUGUUGGAUGAACCUGGCAAUCAACAUCUGAUCGUCUGGACUGAGCGGGAAGCGAUGGAGUUCAAGCUUAACGAGCCGGAGUUGGUGUGUUCAAGACCGUCUCAGGCUACAGAUUAA